AUGCCCCCUCCGGCCUCCCUUACCACCCUCCCUAAUCCAGCCAAGCUUCGCGAUGACAGCUUUGCUCUGUUCAGCGCGACCGACUUUGCGCCGCCGGAUACUGUCAAGGAUCAUGCCGCGGGACGCUCGCAAAGCCCUGCUCCCGAGAGACGCCCGUAUGCCUUGAACGUGCCCGUCCACAACCCGCUCGUCAGCUCGUAUGAUGAGCUCCCGGUUAUCCCCAGCCCGCACAUGCUGCGCAAAUCCAGCACGUUCACAGGAUUGGACUUUGCUCCUCCGCGUCGGUUCAAGGACAACGGCGAUACCAUGAGCGAUUCCGGCAGCAUCCGAAGUUAUCGCAGCAACAAGAGUGGUAUCUCGGCGAUCAACAAUGCCGCUAUUCGAAACGGGGCCGGGCGCGUUAGCCGUCUACCGGGCGACACUGUUUUCACGCAGGCGCAGCUCGCAGAUCAGCUCAAGCCCUCGUGGACGCUGCGGCCUUGA